GCGAAGUCAUGCAGUGUGGGAGUAGUUUUCCUGGCAAUUAAUUUCCGAUAAUUGUUGUUUGUCGUCCAGGGAAUUGGAGUAAUUUUUUCUUUUUCCUUAUUUUGGGCAGAUAAUGAGCCGAUUAGGGUUUAAAUGCGCGGUUUAUCAUGGGGAGUUGCAUUUGGGGGAACUGGAAAUGGUUACGGUGAAGGAUAGGAAUUUUCAAUUCCCGAACAAUGAGAUUCGAAUUCACCACAUCACGCCAAAAAGUGAGAGAUGCUAUCCUCUCUCUGUUCUCCAUACAAUUUCCUGCGCUUCUGCCACUUGCAAGCUUGAGCCUGCUUCUGACAGCGAUCCAAGUUCCGAUCCCGAACAGUCCCCCUUGAUCAACCUCCACGCUAGUUGCUUCUACGAGCUUAAGACUGCAGUUGUGUUGCUUGGUAGUGAGGAAAUUCAUUUAGUGGCAAUGCCUAGCAUAAAAAAGAGAUUUCCAUGUUUUUGGUGCUACUCAGUGUCAUGUGGUCUGUAUGAUAUGUGCUUAUGGAUGUUCAACACACGCUGUUUGGCUAUUGUGUUUGAUCUUGAUGAAACUCUCAUUGUUGCCAACACAAUGAAGUCAUUUGAAGAUAGAAUUGAAACUUUGAUGGGCUGGCUUGGACGUGAGACUGAUCCUAUUCGAGAAUCUGGGAUGACAGCAGAGAUGAAAAGAUAUGUUGAGGAUCGGGCAUUGCUGAAGCAGUAUUCAGAAACUGAUUUUGUUUCAGAUGGAUCGAAAACAUAUCAGGUUCAGAUGGAGGAUGUUCCCUUGCUAUCUGAUGGGAUCCAUCAAGUUGUUAGGCCUGUAGUGAGAUUGCCAGAGAAAAAUAUCAUUCUCACACGGAUUAAUCCUGAGAAUCGUGAUACCAGUGUGUUGGUGAGGUUAAGACCUGCUUGGGAAGAUUUAAAAAAUUAUUUAACUGCAAGAGGCAGGAAAAGAUUUGAAGUUUUUGUUUGCACUAUGGCUGAAAGAGACUAUGCACUGGAAAUGUGGAGGCUUCUUGAUCCGGAAGCACAUUUAAUUAGUCCAAAGCAACUCCUGGACCGUGUUGUGUGCGUUAAACCUGGUGCAAGGAAAUCUUUGAACCAUGUGUUCCAGAGUGGCAAUUGUCAUCCGAAAAUGGCAAUGGUAAUAGAUGAUCGGCUAAAGGUAUGGGAUGACAAGGAUCAGCCCCGUGUUCAUGUGGUACCUGCAUUCAGUCCAUAUUAUGCACCACAAGCUGAGAUUGCAAGUGCUGUUCCAGUUCUCUGCGUAGCAAGAAAUGUUGCAUGCAACGUCAGGGGUGGUUUUUUCAAAGAGUUUGAUGAAAACCUACUUCAAAAAGUUCCUGACAUUUUCUAUGAAGAUGAAGUUUCUGGUGUACCUUGUCCACCAGACGUGAGCAACUAUUUGAUUUCUGAGGAUGCUAGUUUUAUUCCAAAUGGUAUUCCAAAUGUUCCAAUUGCUGAAGGCAUGCACGGACCCGAAGUCGCACAAAGAUUGCAAUCAAUGGAAGAGAAAAAUGCCUUGAGUACUGUUUCUCAUCCCAUGGCUAAUAACAUAGAGCUAAAGCCUGCAAGCUCAAAGCUCCCUGUGACAUCUGUAGUAAAUGCAACUGGUCCACCAUCUUCAGGAUUGGUAUUACCUUCUGAAAAGCCCAGUCUUCUUGGUGAUCCGCCUCGAAGGGAGAUCCGAUAUACAGCAUCAACUGAAAAACCUUUGUUAUCUAAAUUACCUCGGCACACUCUACAACAGAGAAGCUGGUUAGUGGAUGAAAGUAGUAGAGGAAUUAUAAGCAGAACCCCAGGAAUGAUUUCAGAAUUGGACCCAUUGGAUAGACACAAGGGACGCCAAAACUCACUCAAUCAUGCUCCAUCAACUUCGGUUUCAACAGAAUUUCAUGAAUCUCAAAUGAAAAAGGAAGAGGCCAAAUCUGGAUACGACAUCCAGAAACAGAUCCUGUUGCCUCCAAAUCAAGGUGCAGUGGUAGAGUUAAGUAUGGCCAUACCCAACAACCACUCACUGUCUACCAACAAAGAUUUAAAAAUUGAAGCUGAUAAAAUGAAUCAGUUGCCGUCUUUGUCCAUUGGCGUUCUCCAAGAGAUUGGGAGGAGAUGCAAGUCGAAGGUUGAAUUUCGGUCAGUUGUAAGCACAAGUGAUGAUUUGCAAUUCUCUGUUGAGGUUUAUUUUACUGGUGAAAAAAUUGGUGUUGGGAUGGGGAAGACAAGGAAAGAUGCUCAGCAGCAGGCUGCAGAGAAUGCCCUCCGUAGCUUGGCUGAUAGCUACAUUGCAUAUGUUGAAUCUUGUUCUACGAUCACUGGCAAUAAUUUUGACAAACUUUUUUUGGAGAAGGAAAAUGGGUUUCUAUGGGAUAUUGAACAGCCUAAAUCAGAAGAACCAUUAGUUAGUAAUGGGUUUCCAAAGAAAAAUGCAUCAGAAGUUGGCACUCCUGAAAAUACUCCCCAUGGUUGAGCUGAUUUUGUUGCUGACAAUGUUUGAAGUGGUUGGAAAGGGCUGUUUUGGAUGCUUAAGAUUUGGAGUAGUGUUUGUCUUGUUGCAAACCACUCCCUGGGAUUUUUGCUUGCACCAGAUUUGGGUGCAGAAAACAGGAAAAUGCGAGUUGCUUCACUCUCAGAUGUUCUGUAUCUUCUUCAGAAUUCCUGGUCUGAGGAGUUAAGGAAUUUGGUGGACCAAUCUCUAGUUCCUGCUGUUAUCCUAGGGUACUAUGUGAGUUCAGCUCUGAUUAAGUGGAUAUUGAGCUACCAACUAGUGCUUUCUCCAAUCAAGUGAAACAUUGAAGCACAAAAGAAUCAUUGCUCCCACAGGUACGAGAGAGGAUGAGAAUUUCUGAGGCUCUAUUUAGGGGAACACAGCUCUGAUCAGAUAGGGAUGAAGUGGCCGCAUUACCUGUUAAGCAACAGAUGCCCAGCAUCACUCAAACCAAUUUUGUAUGGGUACAGUUUACUAGUAGAUAUGUACAGUUUUUACCUACUUUGAUCGACCUCCUCCCUUUGUUCUUUCUAUUUGAUGUGUUUAACUUUUGGCUAUAGUCUGUCUGGCUGUCUGACUAACAUGCACUUUUUAAAAGAUAGUUAAUGUUGUACAUUGUCUGAUCAAAUGGUUUGAUCGGAUAAUUGAAAGGAACUCAUAUCAAUUUUUA